UAGAUAGGUACUGAAGACUUGCUUUCUAUAGCUUGAAUCCUCAGCCAUUAGCCAACGAACAAACAAGCCAAUUAUCCACAAUGGUGCACUGGACCGAGGAAGAGCGUUGCACAAUCAGCACCCUCUGGGACAAGAUUGACACCGAGGAAGUUGGCCACCAGGCCCUGACAAGAUCCCACCUGGUUGUGUAUCCCUGGACCCAGAGGUACUUCAGCACAUUCGGCAACCUUUCCAAACCCGCCGCCAUUGCAGGUAACCCCAAGGUCCGCGCUCAUGGCAAGAGGGUAAUUGUGGCUCUCGGUGACGCUAUCAAGAACCUGGACAAUGUGAAAGCGACUUACGCCAAGCUGAGCGAGCUCCACUCUGAGAAACUCCACGUUGACCCCGAGAACUUCAGGCUUCUGGGUGAGGCCCUCAUCAUCGUCCUGGCUGGCCAGUUCGGUGCCGCUUUCACUCCCGCAGUCCAGGCUACUUGGCAGAAAUUGUUGUCUGUUGUGAUCUCCGCUCUCAGCAGCAAGUACCACUAAACACAAGCCAUCAAACCCCAUGCCGGCGACAAGAACUGGACAACCACAACAACAUUGUGUGCGUACUUUUCAAGCCUCAUGCACCGGCCUAUUGAAAAUUAAAUAUAUUUAUUUUCAGUCGUUGGAGCUUUGAUAAAUAAAACAGUUUAUUCUUCAAUA